AUGUCGGAAGGAGAGCAGCAGGCACAAGAGCGUCGCCAGGUCGGAGACACUCCUUUGUUGAUAACGGAGGAUGAGUUGGACGCUAUGCACCGCCGGAGUGUACGCGGCGGAACGCUGAGUGGUCGGGUUCGAGCGUAUAUUAUGCAGAAGACUUCGGGCCUCCCUAUUUUGCAGGAGCAUUUGCUGAUCGUACUGGACGCUGUGACUCGAGCAUCUCGGAGCUGGAUUUGUUGGGCCGUUGUGGCUGUGCUGGUUGUGCUCACAGUUCAAAAUGCUUUGGUGCAAAUGUCUGUGGAGAGAGAGCAUAUGCGAAGACCAAUCGCCUUCAAACGGUCAAUGGGAGGAGGUGACGACUAUUCGUUCGACCUGGAACAGGAUAUCGGCGACGCCUACAGAGAAUGGAAGUUGUUGCAAGAACAAUUCCCGAACAAGUUCGGCAAUUUCAGUAAGGCUGGACCCGCGGAGAUCCCUUCCCACUAUGUCAGACGCCCGCUACCGCGGUGGUGA